AUGCGUCGCGUGGCUAACUCCAAGCUUGGAGCAGAAGGCUCUCGAUGCAUCUCUGGUGUGGCGCCUGUGCUGUAUUUUCCGUCAAAGUCAAAUACGCAGCUGACCAAGGAUGAACAGGUGAAGAGAAAUACCAGUAUUGCCAUUGAAAUGAUUAAGCGGUACAAGGGACAAGUACCUCCUCCAUACUCCCGGAGGUAUGCAACCACGAUAGAGCAACUUGAAAAAGAGAUUGAUGCCUUGUUGGGUGGAGCUGAAAAAUUGCGGAAAAAUACGACCGAUGAUCAACCUAUGGAUAAGCUUACACUAAUGGAGCGUUGUCUUCGUCAUGCUCUUUGGUCGUACCAUAAGGAAGAGGGUAAAUGUGACUUUGAUCAGAUAGCCAAAUGGGUUGUUUACACUCCAGAAGACGAGGCAAAAUUGGCUCAAUUGAAGAGUGAGGUGGAAUCAAAAAAAAAAUUGGCCGCGUUCAGGAAGCGUUCUGCGGAAGGAGGUCUACCAAGUGCCUUGCUUCCAAAAAUUCAUUGGGACCAAGAAUACGCCUCUGUCAUUGACCGUGAACUGGUUACUGCAAAACGUGCCCGAUACGACUUGCUUGCAACUCAGACUACAGAAUGUGACGAUAAACAAAUUGACGCUGUUCUUCAAGAAUACAAAAAGCCUGCGCAGGAUCGACGUUUGGACAAUCUGGUUGAACUUCUUGAGCGUUUUAAGCCUGUUCUGGCCCGCGAGGCAAUUAUGCAGCGUUUAACAAUAAAACACCUUGAGGGGCAACUUGGCGUUUGGCGUUACAUGGACUGGUGCCCAGAGGUUCGUGAUCGCGCUGAGCUGGAGGUGGACAUCACCGGCUGGCAGUGGUGGUCUCCGCUGGAAGAACGUCGACUUUUGCCCGUUCGACUUCGCACAGUUAAUGAGGUUCGUGAAAUUAUGACCAAAGCCCAAGCGAAGCAGGCAGCUGAGCAAGCUGAGAAGAGCCCAAAGGCUAUUCAAUCCGGCAGCUCGGAAAGCGUGCGUGAUCGCUUACUGAAGGAGGUUCUUGCUCUUCAGGCUCGCAUCAAUCAACGUGAGGAGGUUGAUACUUCUAAGAGUGAUCAUAAGAAGAAGGCGCACCAUUGA